UAGCUAACCAAUAGUGCGCUCUAGCUACGCAGAAUUCAGUUAUCCACUCCACUCACUCCAUUUUCAGUUUCACUUUUUCUUACAAACACAACCUCUCUCUCUCCAUUCAUAUCUGCAUUUGCAUAAUUGUUAAGGAUUUGAGAGGAAGAGAUGAUGAUCAGAGAUAAAAUUCUCAAAUUGCAUCACCGUCACAAGUCAUCUUCUUCUUUUUCUGAGAAAUCAGGACACAGAUUUGACUUCUCCUUCUCCAACCUUCAAGCUCGCCAGGUACCUAAAGGAUGGGACAAACUUUCCAUCUCUCUUAUCUCUGUGGAAACAGGGAAAACAGUCGGCAAAUCAGGAAAAGCCUCAGUACGAAAUGGUAAUUGCAAAUGGACAGAGACAUGGUCACAUUCCAUGUGGAUUACCCCAGAUGAUAUUACAAACAAACAAGAGCAAUUACCUCUCAAGUUUAUCGUAACAAUGGGAUCUGCAAGAUCUAGCAUCCUCGGAGAGGCUUCUGUAAAUCCUGCUCGCUUCAGGGAUGCAAAAGCGUUUACUCCGAUUUCCUUACCUUUGAGAAAAUGUAACCAUGGCACGGUUCUACAACUGGAGAUAAAGUGUCUGACAUCAAUCAGGGAUAAUGAAUCCAAAGACAUGCCCUUCUAUGCUGAAGAACAGAACGUGGAAUACAAUAACAUGGAGAUCAAAUCAGAGGAAACAAGUCUCCCACGGCUGAGUUCAUAUCAUAGCUUUGCCUCUACAGAGGAUUCAUUGGGCAGAGAAAGCUUUUCCUCCCAAAGUGACUCAAAUAGGCAUGCAAACCUCAUAAUUGGUAGACAAGAAUCAAUUGAUUCCAGGAGCAGUGCAUCUUGUGGUUCUUACUCUUUUUGUGAAUCACCCAAAUCGUCCAACUCUCCUUAUAAUUUAAUGAUCUCGGGAUCAGGAAAGAGUGCUCAAAAUCAAAAAGAUGACUUCAAAGAGUUCUCACAUGAUAACACCGCAUCAGUGCAACUUUCUACUUCCUCUAGAAACUCCUUACAAGCCAAAGAUACAGCCAGUAAAGAACUAAUUGUAGAGGCCAUGAUGUGGGAACAAAAUGCUCAAAGCUUAAACAUUGACUUGGAAAUGUCAAGGAAGGAGUUUGCUGACCAGGCACAGCAGAUAGAAAACCUUAAGACGGAGCUUUGUUCAUUGAGUACAGAACGUGAUGGAUUGAUGCAAGAAAUCAAACACCUUGAGAUCCUUUUACAAGAAUCCAUGGAAAAGGAAAAAGCAACUGAGUUAAUGCUCCGAGUCAGAGAUAUGGAUAAUGUCGAAAAGAUUUUAAAAGAGGAGCUAAGGAUUCAAAAAGAAUCAAAUGACGAUAUGUCUUUCCAGCUAAGUAAAACUCAAGAAUCAAAUAUUCAACUAGUCUCUAUUCUGCAGGAGAUGGAAGAAACUGUUGAAAAGCAGAAAUUGGAGAUUAAGAACCUUUUAGAAGUAAAGUCGAAUUAUGAGAACCAUCAAAACCUAGAGGACAAGCUUCAACAGUUGCAGGAAUCACAGAAAACUCUGGAAAAGACCACUCUCCAUCUGGAGAAAAUCAUCAGGGAGAAAACUCAUGAGAUUGAACUUGAACGAGAUCACAGAACUCAGGCUCUUCUAGAUUGUGAAGAAAAAUGGAAAAAUAGGUCAGGAGAACAAGAAGAAGAAAUCACUUAUUUGAAGGCAGAGUUAUCCAGGCUUUUAAGUGCAGAGGGCUCCAAGACAAGUGAGAUCAAAGCUGAAGCUGACUGUGAUCUGAUCAAGGAAAAUGAGACUCUCAAGGUAAGACUUCAGGAACUUGAGAGAGAUUGCAAGGAGCUGACCGAAGAAAAACUGGAACUUCUGUACAAACUGAAAUCAGAGGAAACUUCCUCUAUCAGUGGUCCCAUUUUAAGUUCAUCUUCUGUUGACGGUCAACUAAGUCAACAAUCACCUAGUGGUUCUGAACUUGAAGAACACAAGGGUGAGCUCCUUUCUUCACCAUUUCAAGAUGAUAUGGAGAAGAAGAAAAUAACUGCUGAGACAGCUUCCUUUGAAAGUAAGCAGAAAACCUGUGAUCAGGAAGAGAACUUAGCUCUUGAGUUUCACUCACUAGUUAAGGACAAUGCUUUGAGGCCAGAUGCUGAAAUCAACUCAUGUUGCAUUGAAGUACAAGAACAAGAUCAGAGAACUGCUACUGCUGCAAUGCCAUCAGAAUGUCAGCAGGAAGGAGAUUGUCAAGGUCAUUUCACUCAUAAAAAUGUACCCGCAAUAUUUCAGAGUUCCAAGUCAGGACAUAUUGAAGAUAUCUAUACCUUACUCUACACAUUAUAUCUUUGUGAAUGUACAGGUCAUCCCACCAAGGACGAGCAAGCUAAUGCUGUGUUGAAAAAUUUCCAGUUAUUGAGGUACAGAUUGGCUCUAUGUCUUGAUGGUAGUCAACAUAUCGAGGAUGAACCCAAAACAACAUUAAGGGAUGCAUGUGAAGUUCAAGAUGAAGAAAAGGAUGACCAUCCAAAGGAAAAUACUCCUUGUUCUUGUUGUAAAUGGCUUGAGGAUUUAAAUAAGGUGCAAGAAGGCAAGGUUCAAAAUUUAAGCAGUGAUAGUUUAGCUAAAAACUCGGAGAUACUGGAGCUGAAAACAAAAUGUUUGAAAAAGGAUGCAGAGAUCGAAGCUCUAAGGCAUCACCAGACUGAUUUGAGUAGACAAAUCUCUGAUCUCCAGAUGAGUAAAUGUCAGAUGGAGGAGAGAACGGAAAAAAUGGGUGCCACCUCCAAAUCUUCAAACACUUCCACAAAUGGUUUGAUGUUUCUUGAUCAAUGCAUUUGCGGAGGUGUCUCUAAAAUGACGUCUGAAAUGAAAUUAUUAGAGCUAGAGAGUGAUAAAUAUGAGUUAGAACUUAAUUUGCAUGAAUUAGAAAAAGAAAAUGUAGAUCUGUCAGAACGAGUAUCAGGAUUGGAAGCUCAACUAAGGCAUUUGACUGAUGCAAUAGAAUUCAAUCGUUUGGAACUGCAGCAUUCUGGUAAUCGCAUUGUGAGCCUUGAGAACAAGAUCAGAAAAUUAGAGCAUGAAAAGGAGUCACAAAAGCUCGAUAUGAAAGAAAAGUUGCUGGAGAUGCAAAAGCGAUGGUUAGAUGCUCAAGAAGAGUGCGAGUAUCUGAAGAAAGUAAAUCCAAAGCUCCAAGCAACAACAGAAAGUCUUAUGGAAGAGUAUCGUUUGCUUCAAAACUUGAAUGCAGAACUAAGGCAACAAAAGUUAAAAUUACAUGUGAGCCAUAAUGUUUUGGAAGCAGAAUUGAGGAAAUCUCAGUAUUCUUUCUCCACCUGUUUGAAAAGGAUAGAGUCUUUAGAAGCUAACUUUUUUUCAGUGCUGGAAGAAAUUGAAUCAAAAGAGAAGAUCCUUAAGUUCAAACUUGACGAUCUCCACCUACAGACUAAAGAGCAUCAAAAUAAACUUCUUGUAGAAGAGUGCACGCUGCAUGAAAUGUCUCCGGAGAACACAGUCGAAGUCGAAAAGUUGCAAGAACAGGUACAAUCCCUCAUGGUACAGAUAUCAGAUCUUAUGAGUGAACUUGGUACUUCCAAAGCCAAGGAGGGAACUUUGGCAGCUAAUUGUGAUAAGAUGCUGAGGACGAUGGAGCAUCUUGUAUCCAGUGAAGCAAAGCUUAAAUGCACCAUUAAUGAGCUUGAGUCAAAACUACUGUCUUCUGAAUGUCAAAUGCUGCAAAUGACUGAAGAGAAUUCUAGUCUAAAGAUUCAACUGCAUACAUUACCAUUACUUCAGGAUGAAGUUUUGGAUCUUAAAGAAGCACUAUCUGGGAUGAAGUUUGAAAGUGAGAGAACAGAAGUUACACUGCUGUUGAAAUAUGGAGAUUGUGAAGAGUUGAAGGAAGAGAAGGCAUCCUUACUUCAUGAAAUAACUUGCAUGCAGAAGGAAGUGGAUGAAGCGGAAGAAUGCAAAUACAAGACAAUUGGACUAGAGGAGAAAGUUCUGAGGCUGGAAGGAGACUUAACUGCAAAAGAAGUAAUGUGUGCCCAAGUUUCCGAGCUGAAAAAUGAGCUUUGCCAGCUUAGAAGAGUAAAUAGCCAGCUUCUGUGGAAAAUAAAAUCUCUACAAUUGGAGAAAGAGAACUUCUUGAAGCAAGCCAAAUCCCUCGAGAAAGAAUUGUCGAAAAAACGAUCAGACUACCAAAGAGAGGAUGAUGAUACCAUUCCUACUCUAGAUGAAUUGAAGUUUUCAGAGGCAGAGAAAGAGGACUUCAGCAAGCAUCAGCGUGAGAUAAUUACUCAAUCUCCUCAACCAGAGAAAUACUUGGAAGUUCAGAAGAUUCAAGGCAGCUCUCAACAGGAUGGCAACAAAGAAUUCAGCUGCAACAGAGAUCUUCAAGAGACUGUCGCCAAAAGUGUAUCAGAAAUCCAAUUUCCUGGGGAUACAGAAGCUCAGACUUUAGAGAGUAAUUGUAUUCAUGAAUCCCAUCUAAUUAGUUUGUCAUCCAAAGAAAGAGAUGAUAAUAUGCAAAAAAUAUCUCAGCUUGAAUCUGAGCUACAAGAAAUUCGUGAUCGAUACCUGAACAUAAGCCUAAAAUAUGCAGAAGUGGAGGAUCAACGCGAGCAACUCGUAAUGACUUUGAAAGCCAUACAUGAUCAAAAGACAGCUAGAGGAUAUCGUAACCUUUCCACUUUCUGGUCAGCUGGAGCUGAUAUGUGACAAUUUUCUCCGGUACACGAUUUUCAUACACAGCUCUUUCAAUGAUGCAAUUAUAGAACUAAAUUGUUGAAAAAGUAUUGGGGUCAUUUUCGUAGAACAGACCCGAGUACACCAUAAUUUUAUAAAUGUAACAAUCACCAAUUAAGUAGCAAAUGUAUAGGUAGUUUGUGAUCUCUUUGGUGGAGUCAUUUAGCAGAUUACAAAAAAGUUCAUUUUUAUUGGUAAUUAUUCAGAUGCAUCCUGCAAAUUAAGCAAUAAAUUUUUUACUA